AUGAAAAGAAAACUCGAGGAAAUCGACGACCCGUCGCGUCACCAUUUGCGUUUAAUUCGGGCGGCUCAAAUCGGGAAUCUAUUUCUGAUUCUCGUUCUUUAUUCGCAUGCCUUCAUUAGGACAAUGGAACCAUUGUGCUCACGCCGAGAAGAAGCGAGGGUGAGUGAAUCGCGGACGAAACGAGAUUCGCCGAGUCGUCAACUCCCGCAAGAUCUCGAGGAUUAUACGGUGAUUCUCGGACAGGACACGAUCAUACCGAAAGACGUCUUUGAGAGCUCGUGCUCGAGGAUUCACAAAUAUUGCGCGGAUGCUGGCAUGAAAUUGGUCGGAUUUCAGGGCGCACGAGGUCCUCCCGGAAUCAUGGGUCCUGUUGGACCGCCAGGUCGAAGGGGGAAACAGGGAGCUGUCGGCCCAUCGGGGCUCGUCGGAGAAGCUGGAGAAGAGGGACCACGUGGGAAAGAUGGUCGCUGCAAUUGCUCGAUCCCGGACAUGUACAUCCAUCGUGUGCCUAUCCCGGGACCACCAAUAAUCAAGAUCGAAGAGAAACUCGUCCCGUACGAGGUUUUGGUGGUGAAAGAGGUUGAGGUGACAAAACUCGUUCCGUUUGAGCCGACACCGCCUGGAUUCGCUCCGCCGGUUGGUUGGCGGCCGGGUAUGCCCCGACCUGACAUGGCAAAGACCAGGAAAUUGCCAAGAUACACGACGAAACCCACCUCACCAAAGCCGAAAACAACGAAGAAACCGAAAACGACGCCCGUUUUUGCGUUUGAAAACGAGACGCUUUGGGCGAAUGUAACCGGGUUGAACGAGACUGAUCCAUUCACUACACCUGAACCCUAUCUUGGACCGCCGACACUGGGAACAAAUACAAGAGAAUGCACUCUGGCAGCGAUUGGAAUCCCGGUGAUGCACGCCGAGUCUCAAUACGGAGAUGUUGGCUCAUGGAUGCGUGACGUGAGCCCCUCCACGCAUCAACAGAGCGCGAAACGAUGGGUAACGGACGGCUUUGCGAGCCCCGUUCUCUACGAGUACGAGACCGAAGUGAAACUGAUGCGAAAGGAGCAAAUUAUAAAAUACUAUGUCGAUUUUCUGGCAUCUGGGACGGGCAGUGUGGUUAUUGAUGGGUAUUACUAUUAUCAUAAGCAUGGAACGGAUCAACUUGUGAGAUAUGAGCUGGAUAGUGCUCUUUACAAUGAGACGAGCAUCGAGAUGAGCUUUUUGGAUUGCGAUAUUUUGCCUGAUCACACGUUUGAGGAAUGCAAUGACACUGAUCGUCAUCCAUGGCUUUACAAUCGGCCACACAACUAUGUCGACUUUGCCGUUGAUGAGAAUGGAUUAUGGGUGAUCUACAUGCGACCGGACAGCAAUGGUUUAAUGGUCAGCAAGUUGGAAAAGAAUCUACACGUUGUGCAAACUUGGCAAUUGGAGCAUGUGAAUGCCACCGAUCUGGCGGACGCGUUUGUGAUGUGCGGCGUUUUGUAUGGAGUCGAGUCAUCCAACGAUCGCGAUACUUUCAUCACUUAUGCCUAUGAUUUGUACAGAAACGAGUCGAUUCCGGGCAAAGUCCCGUGGUACAAUCCAUUCAAGGGACUUUCCAUGUUGCAUUAUAAUCCAGUGGAUAAACGUCUCUACUUCUUCGACACGAAAAAAUUACUCUCGGUGAAUGUGCGAGUUGACGAUGAUUCGAAUGAGUACGAGGAUGAGGAUUACGGUCUUUUGCCUCAUUUGAACACUCCCGCUCCGCCACCGUAUCCACCGCCUAAAGGC